AUGCCGAGCAAGCCUUUGUCCAAUCAGAACUGGAUGAGGUUGUGUUCAUUCGUCUUCCCCCUGGGUGCGGUGCGCUUUCCGGCGUCCCGCACAUGGCAUCAUCACUUGAUGCGUGGCAUGAAGAGUCUUGGUUUCGAGCCUUGUGCCGCCGAUGCGUGUGUGAUGCGUCUGAUCGAGAGCGGUGUAGUCACCAUGGUGGUUAUGAUCCACGUAGACGACAUCUUCUCUAUCGGGCUCAAGAGCAGGUGCGAUCAAUUUGGUGUUGACCUCAACCGGUAUGUGCCCAUUUCCAACUUUGGGGAACUGCGCUGGUAUGCGGGUUGCCGGUUUUCUCGUGACACGGUGUUGGGGACGGUGACUAUUUCGCAACAGGCUGUAGCGGAGAAGAUCGUUGCCAAGUUCGGUGUGACGACGGACAAAGAGACACCUAUGGUCGUUGGGUUGAAGCUUGAGCAGUACGACGCCGACGAGCCCGAUGUCGACGAGCCUUUCCGGUCGCUAGUGGGACACUUGAUGUGGCUGGCGAAUCAGACUCGCCCGGAUAUUCUCAACGCGGUACGUGCCGUUGCGAGGUAUUCGCACGCGCCGAAGCGACUGAGCCGCCUCCCAGUCUGGGAGGCGGCUUUGCAUGUUUUGAUGUAUGUUAGGUUCACGAGCGGGGGGGCUGUUUGGGGUGCUCGGCAGAGUAUACUGUCUACGGGGCCUCCGGGGGGUCGCAAAGACUGGGGUGACUCCUCCAGCGACUCUGCAACGGAAGACAGAAAGAGGUCAAGAGAAGAGCUCGUGACCCUGAGGACGCAAGUUAGCUCGCUGAUGGAUGAGAUGAGCCAGCUAAUGUCGCUAGUGGAAGAUACCAUGAAGGCAAGCAAGAAGGAGGAGCCAGCUGGCACCAUGGAGGGUGCCGCUGAUCGCGGCGAUACUAGGGAGAGCGCCGCCGCGGAGUCCACGAACGCCGAAGGAGGGGCUCCGUGGACCGGGAGUGCGCAGGACGGGAAGUACCUGCGCGAACCUGUUCGAGAGUCUGGCCCGUCAGGGCGACACAGCGGCGAAGCAGGGGGCUUUGUCCCCCAAGAGGUGAGAGUAGCCGCUGCUCACAACCAAGAUUAUAGUCGUGCCAUGGGAGAUGGUGCUGCUGCUGUUGGCUUUGGAUACGGAGCCACAACCCCAGCGACGGGGUACCAAAGUGUGCGGUACACUUCUCCUCCGUUCAGCGGGAAAUCGAAAGAUUUCAACGAAUGGCUAAAUGAUUUCCGCAUGGCAGCUAAUGGCGCAAACCUGUUGGAACAAUUUGAAGAGAGCGGGAGCUUGGAGAUCCCCGUCAACAGCGGAAAGAGCAAGUUUUCGCUGUCACAGCAGUACCGGAGCGAGCAAGUAGAGCUCGCAUUCCACGCGUGGAACUUCCUGUCUCACGCGUUGAAAGAAAAAGAUCGGAAAAUCAUGAAGAGGGCAGAGACGCCCCAGGGAGCGCUUUGUGAGCUCAAGACCAUACACGACCCUGAAUCAUCUGUACAGCCGUCAGAGGACCUCAAGUCCCUGACGUCGACCAAGAUCUCUUGAGGUGAAAACCCCCAAAACGCCCUACAUGAGAUGCUCCAAACCGCAAAGUCCUUAGACUAACCGAGAAAAGACUAACUGUCAACGAAACGUUCGUCCUUCACCUCUUCUUGGAUGCCCUUUCGGACGAGUAUGCCAUGACAAAGCACAACCUGCGACACGCGAAGGAGUUGACGCGGACCGGUGUGCUAAAGGAAGUAAUGAUCGAAUACAAGGCGAUCAAGGACAAGCUGGAGCAGGGGAAAGGAAGCGGGGCGAAGGGCGCAGAGCAAGCGUACUUCGCCGACGGUGAGGGCCGCAGGGAGCGGUACUCAAGUAGGAGUCAGGGGCAAGGUCGUGGUCGUGGCGGCGGCCGUGGCCGCAGCAGCAGUCGUGGCCGCG